CUUACUUUAUAAGCGGUUCAGUGAAGUUUGCUCUAUCAAGCUUUUACCAAUAUUACGUUCUUUACCGUACUUUUCAGUGCAAAACAGAGUACAAAAUUCCAUGUCUCUAUGUUAUCGACAGCAUUAUUCGCACAUCUAAGCAUCAGUUCAAGGAGAGAGAUGUGUAUGCGGCACGCUUUCUCAAAAAUUUCUCGAAGACCUUGGCUGAUCUGCUUAGUUGUCCGGUAGCCGACCAGCCUCGUGUAGUCCGUACACUAAACCUCUGGGGUGCUAACGGUGUCUUUACUGAAGAACAACUUUCACCUUUCAAACAGCAGUGCCGUGAUAUGGGAAUAGACACGGAUAUUGAACGAGUGGAACGUCUUGUCAAAGGAGAAGAUGCGGAUAUGUCAAGAUAUGGAGGGGCCUAUGGCAGAGCUAAGGAAAAGGAAAGAAAGAGGCAUCACAGAAGUUCGGCUCCAGAGUCUCCACCUCGUGACCUUGCUCAACCGGCACCUUCAACCACUCCUCCUAUGCCACCUCCCGUUCAUCUGACGAACCCAGCUGCCGCUUCGAGCCAAAAUGUUGCUCCUGUCAAUACCAACAACGAAAAUGAACCAUCUGAUGAGAUUCCUCCAUGUGGCCUUAGUGAGCGGAAACUUUUGGAAAUGAUGUUGGAUGCAAAUUUUGAUUUUAGUGGUGCAUUUAAGAAUGAUAUCGUUUUGCUGAGGAAAGCACACGGGCUAAUUGCUCGCGCGCUCGAUGCUCGUAUACGAUCUGUAGGUGACAAGCCAGAGAUUAAAGAUCUGCUCUCGAGUCAAUUUGACUAUAGUGAUGAAGAAGACGAUGGUGACGAGAACAAAAAGAGCAAAAGACCUGAAAAGGUUAAGGAGGUGUGCCAGGAGGAUCUGCUGAAGUAUGUUUAG